GGCUUGUUAUUGUACAGUUUUAAAGGUUAUCUAUGAUACUACGCUAACCCACAAGUGGUUUCGUUGACUUCACCGGUUACUAACAAAAAUGUCUACAAUAAAAGACAAUGCUGGUGCUAAUUUCAUUCCAAAGAAGCAGAAUAAAGAAGUGUUAACACCGCAUCGCCUCACCGUUGGUAUCCUCACAAUGGAAUUCUACAAAGUGAGAGAAUUUGCAGUGUUUUGCACACAACGUCGUGCGUUUAUUCGCGAGUUUUGUCUGCUUAUAUUAAAACUAAUUCAGAGUCCAGAUCUUACCUUUGCUGAGCUUCACAAUCUCAUUUCACAAGUAGAAUAUUCACUCUGCAAAGAUCAGUUUCUAGAGAGUUUUCUAGCCACUAUAAAGAAUUUAAUCAGUGGUAUUGGAGCACUGCAGGAUGCUGUCGAUAAUAUUGUACAACUAAUGCAGUUGGAUAAUCAAUUGGGGGCUAUUAAAGUUGGUGUUAUUGGGAAAAACAGUGUAGUUGGUUGUUAUUUGCGCCGUUUAGUUCUUAACUUUGAUAAGUUAUCAUUUUCUGAAAUCUCAAUAUUUUUCGAAUCUUAUAAAUCUUAUUGCGGCCCUUUUAUCAAUGGUAGUUUAGAACAACCACAUUGUGCACUUGAUUCUUCAAAAAAAUCUACUUUAAAUCAAAACUUAAACCGUGAUUGGACCCAAAGGCAAGCCGAAUUGUUUAUUGCCACCCAAAGUGCACUUAUUGCCAAUAACGAAGGCAAAGCAUUAUCCCCGAAUGAAUUACACAAAUAUAUCAAGAGUCUACUAAAAAGUAAUCCAGAUCUUUCAGCUGCACAUUUCCUAAACUAUUUAAAUUAUUUAAGAGUAAAAGAAUAUUGUGGGGCCAUUGAUUCACUGUAUCAUUGUUUUGAUAAGUCUGCAAACAAUGAUAAAGCGAAUGCCGAUGCAAGAACCAAGACAUAUCGUUAUGCUGCGUUGAAUUUAGCGAUUUUACAGUGUCAAUUUGGUCAUAAGCAAGAAGGACUUUUAGCUUUGAAGGAAUCCAUCAAAAUGGCGCAGGAAAGCAGCGAUAAUCAAUGCCUACAACAUGCUUUAUCCUGGUUACGAUGUCUCACAAGUAACCAGCAUAAACUAAUCGCUGAACAAUCAGCCAUAAAAUACGUUGAUUUAAAUUUGUCAUAUGUAAUGUCUCUAGGAAUUCAAUCAUUCGUGAAAUUCUGUGGAUUAUCUACAGCACAUCCACAAAUAGUUUUAGAUUCGUUAACUAGAAGUGAUAUUAUUAACUCCGAACAUGGUCACGGUGACCUAAUCGCAACAAACUACGGAUUGAAAGCAGGACUGUGGUUGUUUUACGGUAAAACUGAAAUGUCGUCAUUGUGGAGUCAACUUUUGCUGUAUUUGAACACCGAUAGUCUCCUGGUGAACAAAACAUACUACGGCGAGAGUUAUGUGCAGGCUCUGUGUAACAUGGCAGGAUUAAUGCAUCAGGAAGGCGAGUAUGCCCUCAGUAAUACUAUUCUUUCGCAUGCCGAAGAGCGUUUUCCCAAUGAACCCAUGAAUCACUCUGUGAUGUUUUGCCGAAAUGUUUUCCACUUUUAUCGCUUGUUAUACAACGAAAAACCGACCGCUGCUGCUUCUAUAGCAGCAAAAGUCGCGGUCGUAGAUAAAUGGGAGAGUUAUCUGUGUUUCGCACAACUUUAUCUUCACACUGGCGAUUAUUCCGAAGCACAUCAAUACUGCAAUCGGAUUCUGGAUGAGUGUAAAGAUAAUAAUAGUCAUGUGAGGAUGGAUAUGCAAGUUAGGGCGAUGAUCCUCCUCUCGGAUGUGCAAAUAGCGUCGAAUUUUCCCAACGCCGCCAUUCCCGGUGUAAUGGGUUUGUUGAAUAGCUCGCUUGCUUACGCUAAUGAUUACAAUAUGCAUUAUUUGGCGGCCAUGGCGCAGUUACGUAUUGCGCACGUGUUGUUGCUGUUGAAAAUGCCGCAGCAGGCGAGUAAAGUACUGCAGCGUUGCAUCAUACAAAUUUUAACCGAUGGAGGGUGUUAUGAUCGAGCGAAGGUGUUGAUGUUGCAAGCGCACUGCACGAUUGCAUGCUGUAAUGGAAGCGGUGCGUCGAAAACGCGCCAGAAGGAAGUCAUCCAGGAAGUUUUACAGGAUUUAUCUUUGGUGCAGAAGGAUUUCGAGAAAGUAGAGGCUGUGUUUCGCGUGAAAGAUAUUUUAAUUCUACAGGCAAAAUUAUGCGAUGAAAUUGGAUUUGAGAAGCAACGCAACCGGCACGCAUUAGAUUAUCGCACAUUGAACGCGGAACAUGCGUCUGUGUAUGGCUCGCAGUUAUUUAAGAUGAUUUAAUCAAUCUCACCUCUCAAUGUCAAGGCAACACCUUAUUUGAGAACAUUGCCGAUAAACACAGUUUCGUGUCAACUGCAAACAACGUUUCGUAAUCGGAGGUUUUUUUUCUACGUUGGUCGAUGACGAAACGGCAUUGUUUGUUUAUUUGUUCGCGCUGUUCGGCGAUGUCGCACACACCAC